UCUACGGGUGCGGUAGUGUGAGAAGGGACAAGCAGAGAGAUGAUAAGACGAAGACUGUGAUUUCCAUGCGCAGAGGGAUGAGAUGAGGUUGCUGCACAUCAAACUGUGUGACAGCUGUCAUGAAUAGCCUAAGUGAAAUGUACAAAGAGCUGCAGGCAUGAAUACUAUAGGAGUUUCAUUUUUGGAUCCCUUGGAUGAUUAUGAGAUUAUUCAAAGGGUCGGGAGUGGCACUUAUGGAGAUGUCUUUAAGGCUAGAAACAUUAGGAGCUCAGAAAUGGCUGCUAUCAAAAUUGUUAAACUGGAUCCAGGUGAUGACAUCACCUCUAUCCAGCAGGAGAUAACAAUGAUGAAGGAGUGUAAGCAUAAGAACAUUGUGGCCUAUUAUGGCACUUACCACAGGAAUACUAAAUUGUGGAUCUGCAUGGAAUACUGUGGGGGAGGAUCACUGCAGGAUAUCUACCAAGGUAUACAGUAAAUAACAUUCAAAUUCUGUGCAAGCAUUUGAGACUAUUGAA